AUGACAAGCCCAAUACCGCGAAUAGAGAAACUGAAUUUAUAUCGAGAUAUCAAGCGAUCGAUACCGCGUUUGCCCCUCGACGGUCUGACAAAGUCACUGGUGGCCCAUCAUGUCAAUACCCAGGCCCGUCGUGGUCUCCCAGAACGCCGCAGGUUGAAACGGCAGUACGAUCUAAUGAAGCAGGGGAAAUCGUUGUCAAAGGAAAUGCACAAAAUAAUAAGUGUUGCUGAUCACACUUCCACUUAUAAGCUUCUAUCGCUAGUUUACCUCGAUAAUGUGCCGAAGAAGAAGACUUUACCCGGUUUCGUGCUGGACUUCAUACGAGACAAAAAAGAUGUUGAAAAAUACAGAAAAUUAUUUGACAUAAGGCAUGUGAUAGCGAGGCUACCGUCCUCACAAGAAGAUGUGAAAAAGAACUACUACGAAUAUUUGGAUAGGCAACAAUUGAAAGGCCGCAAACUGGAUAGUUUCAGUUUCUCGAAAAUACUGGGAUUUGCGAGUAAUGAGUCGAUAGAACUACCCGAGCCAAUUCGAGAAGACCCCAUGGAGACUCCCGAGAAAGAUUUUGAUUAUGAGGAAAAGCAAUUGCGCAAUAUAAAAAGAUUCCAUGACCGUACAACCAGGUACAGAAAUCUGGUAUACGAGCAUGGGGCUACAAUCCCCUCGCUGAAGAUAGAAAUGGGAGUAACACCAUUCGGAUUGCCUCGUCCAGUGAAAGUUCAAACAAACUCGCUCGCGAGAAGAGCACAGAGCGUCAAGUGUGGAUUUCUGAAACUUCGACCUCUGACUCGGGGACACUUUGAGUAUCUGGAAGGGCUCAAGAGCAAGCAUGCAUUCGAACAGGCGGUCAGUGUCAAAGGCAGCGACAGACUUGACAACUCUAAAAUCUUGAACAAGAUGUCUAGAAACCUAAGGGUUUUCAUGAGAAACAAAUAUUUCAUUGAUGAAAAUGGCGAAUACCAUUUUUCAGAGAAUUCCAAAGAUUGCAUGUCAGAGGAGCUACUUGGUUUAUACUCGAAAGCUGGAGAGCUAGCUUAG